AUGCUCCGUGACUAUCUCUCAUUCCAAAAAUGGAGCCGUGGGUCCAAUAGGACCGAGUCGCAAGAGGCAUUGGGUCCUCCAAGUCGUCCGUCUGCUCCCGAAAUCCCACAAGUCCUGAGCUCUCACGUCACCAUCCGGAUCUUUGAGGAUCUCCAAGCCGAAGAAGACUAUAAUCAAGCCCACGCCGAAGACGGCAUCAUUACUCCCACCUCCAUUUACCCUUCAGACAACGCUGCAUGCGCGAUGAUUCGUGCGCGUAACAAGGCUUUAUCUUUCAAGCCCAAAACCCCAAGUCGUCUCCGUAUAUCCCACUGUCUGUCCGAUGAUACGCCUAGCGCCGGCCCUAGUGAGCGAUGGCACGGCAGAGGCAGAUGUCAAUAG